AUGAACUCUGACUUAGUUGCCUCUGAUUUUGUUCCAGCUAAAGAGGAAGGUAAUGCUGUGCCUCUUUGUUGAGCCAAACCCACCCCCAGCUUUAUUAAUCUUCAAGCAAGUUCCCCACCAGCCACUUGCCUGAAAAUCACGGCAACAAAGCUGUCCUCAGGAAUUGACCACAAGCCCAAGGAAUGCCUAGGACUCCUAGAAUUGGGGUUUUCCAGAGGCUACAUGGAUGUGACAUCACAACAGAUUGGAUACAGUCUUUCUCCUUCCAGGCCCCUGAUCGACCAGCCAAGCCAUUCAUCACUACUGUCCAGAACUCCACGUAUACUCGACCUCAGGCCACUUCUGCCAUACAAAGUAAACGACUGGCUAGGUUCGAUGCUCAAGGCUCUGGUCCGGGAAGGAUCUCCCUCCAUGGUGUCCUUUAAAGCCACCCCUGAGAUCGCAAGAAUUGCACCACUGAAGCAGAGCUGCUGUCAGGCCUUGGGAACUAAGACUACAUCUCAUCCAUCUUGGCAUCCUGAGAACAGAGCAUGAUUCUGCUCUGUUUGAUGGUGAUGGAGCGUGGAGGACAUUCCUCCAGAAUCUAGCACGUAGCGUAGCACCUGGCACAUAGCAGGAAUGCAAACAAAA